AGACAAAGAUCUUCAUUCAUUAAUAAUUCUGCAAUCAAAAUAAACGUUUUACAUUUGUUUACCGAUCUGUUUAGUUUAUAAGGCCAGUCAUCAUCUUAUAUCUUAAUGGGCGAUUAAAAAAAGAGGAUUAAUGCAAAUGACACAUGAAUUAUUAAUCCGUUAACAGAAUACAAACAUGUUUCUGCAAAACCACAGAUUUAAACUUUUCUUCAGGCUGUUGUUUUCUCCCCACAGACAGCUGAAGCUGAUGAAGGGGCAAAUGUAAUGAGAACAAAUAGAUGUACAAACAAUUAUCACAAAAGUCAUGUUAUUAAGUUUUAUACAUGAAAUAAUAAUUAGACAAAUGAAUAAAUUAAAGGUCAUUCCUGGAAAUAAUCUGAGACUGAGAUGCAUCUAAAUACUGUAAUCAAAUAACGUGAAGAUCGUGUAAAAUAAAUGUUCCAAAUGUUGUAAUUAAUCACAGAAUCUGCGAUUAAUCGAUUAAUCGAUUAAUCACUCAGCUCCGGUCUAAUCCCUUCUUCUUCUUCUUCUUCUUCUUCUUCUUCUUCUUCUUCAUCAUCUGUCCCCUAGAUAAUCUGUUUAAUCACAUAUUUGACCCUCCAGUUCAUCUGUCACCUCCUCUUCCUCUCUGUUCAGUCUAGUUUCACAUCUUUUCCAUCUCUCCUCUUUACUUUCUUUAAGUCAGUUUUCUUUGAAGCAAACUUCCACCUCCUUUCCUCUCUCUUCCUUUCCUCUCACCUCUUUCCUUCCUCUCCUCUCCUCUCCUCUCCUCCUCAGACUUUUGCUCUUCCUCCUCCUCCCUGACCCUCCUCCUCUCCUCUCCUCUCUCCUUGUAGGUGAGCUGUAUGAUUGGGCGCUCCUGGAAAUCACAUGGCUCAACCUUUCCAGCUCUGCCAGACGCCAUUUUGGAGGAAAGUUUGGAAUUUGUCGACCUGGGGAGGAGGAGGAGGAGGAGGAGGAGGGGGAGGAGGAAGUAGAGGAAGAAAAGAGGAGAAGGAGGAAAAAAGAGGAAGUGCGAGAGAAAGAGAGGAGGGAUUUACACUGAGAGAAGUUUGACACGAAUGCACCAGGCAGGCUGUGCGGGGAAUAAUAAUAAGUGUGCGUGCCAGUGCGGGUCCAUCCGUGCGGGCUGGGCUCGGCUGAGUUGAGGUGUGACACCUUGCUGAAGUUUAGUUUAUUUGCGGGAGAAGCAUCAGAGCUGCGGGGCGGAUCGUUUCCCUCCACCGCAGCAGCAGCAGCAGCAGCAGCAGCAGCGGGCGGCUCACGCAUGCACCGCACGGACACGCACUGUUUGUCUCAUGGAGUUUGGCGGUGAAGGCGACAGCUCCACUUUCUAACGCCGGUCAGCCUGCGCGGUGCACGCCGGGGCAGGGAGCCUCUCUGGCGGGGGGAGCACAGCACGGAGAGUCGCUGAAGGACGGAGCUCGUCGCCGGACCUGCUCGCUCUCUGCGGCGGUACUUUGAAGCGGGACUCCCGGCGGUGUGUGUCCGUGUCCCCCGGAGACCUGCGGCGGUUAUUUCUGUUGCCGCGUCAGUUUCUCUGACAGUUAGUUUGACGGUUGUUUGGCUCGGAGGGAACUUGGUGUCGUCGUGGAGGGAUUUUUCUUCAGCCCGGACUUGGAGCGCUGACAGCGGGCUUUCACUGGAGGGAUAAUCGAUAAAAACCGCCCUGUGUGUGGGGAGUGUAUGUGGCUAACACGGAACUAGCUCCAAACCGAGCCGAGCCGAGCCAGACCAGACCAUGCCAGUCAGGAAGAAAGAUGCACAGCGAGCCCUGCUGCUGCUGGAGGAGUACCGGGCCAAGCUGCAGCACGCCGAGGACCGGCAGCUCCGACACUCCAUCCAGAGGGUCAUUGACAUCUUCCAGAGCAACCUCUUCCAGGCUCUCAUAGAUAUCCAGGAAUUUUACGAAGUGACCUUAUUGGACAGUCAGAGAUGGGUGGAGUCUUCCAAGGCGGCGGACCCCAUGGCGCCCGUCCACCUGUGGGACUUCUCCAGCCUUCAAAGCACAACGGUGACCUCGGACACUCUGCCCAGCCUUAGCACCAGCAUCGAGAAGUACAGGCACCACGAUGAGGACUCGUCCCCCCAGGACCAGAGCUCCCCCCAGCUCACGGAGGAGGCGGUCGGAGCAGAGCUGGUCCAGGUAGCAGAGAAGAACCUGUCCCAGAUCCAGAAUGUGCACGGAUACGUCACCCACGCUCACAUCUCACCCAUGAAGGUAGCGUCUCUGGAGUGCAUCUUUGACGGUUCUUCACUGUUAGGACAGCACCUCCCGGAGCUCCCCUCCCCCACGCCCUCCACCCUCUAUCCCCACGGCGAGGACAGCCCCCUCCCCUCCUGCUCCUCCAACCCUUACCCCCCAAUCCAGCAGGCCGAGGCCACCCCGCCCUCCUCUCCCAUAAUCCCUGUGAUCCCAGUCUCGCCAAUCGCAGCCGAGACCACCAUCAUCCCUCCGACGUCACAGGCCAACCCUCCUCCGGUGGUGGUCAACACCGACAGCCUGGACACGCCUCCAUACGUGAACGGGACGGAGGCUGACUAUGAGUAUGAGGAGAUCACGCUGGAGAGGGGUAACUCGGGACUGGGCUUCAGCAUCGCGGGCGGCACAGACAACCCUCACAUCGGUGAAGACCCGAGCAUCUUCAUCACCAAAGUCAUACCUGGAGGAGCCGCCGCCCAGGACGGACGGCUCAGGGUCAACGACGUCAUCCUGAGAGUGAACGAGGCGGACGUCCGGGAUGUGACCCACAGUCGAGCGGUGGAGGCUCUGAAGGAGGCCGGCUCGCUGGUCCGACUCUACGUCCGCCGGAGGAAACCGGUCUCUGAGAAAGUGAUGGAGAUCAAACUGGUGAAAGGACCCAAAGGUCUUGGCUUCAGUAUAGCAGGUGGAGUGGGGAACCAGCACAUCCCGGGCGACAACAGCAUCUAUGUCACCAAGAUCAUCGAGGGAGGAGCUGCACAUAAAGACGGGAGGCUGCAGAUCGGAGACAAGCUGCUGGCUGUGAACAGUGCUUGCCUGGAGGAGGUGACCCACGAACACGCCGUCACUGCCUUGAAAAACACUCCUGACGUGGUCUACUUGAAAGUGGCUAAACCCAACAGUGUCUUCAUGAACGACAGCUUCGCCCCGCCCGACCUCACCAACUCGUACUCGCAGCACAUGGAGAACCAUAUCAGCCCCCCCAGCUUCCUGAGUCAGCCCCUCCCGCCGCCCGCAUCCUCGGGACGCUACUCCCCGACCCCCAAGAGCAUGCUGGGAGACGACGACGUCACCCGGGAGCCCAGGAAGGUGGUGCUGCACAGAGGAGCGACAGGACUGGGCUUCAACAUCGUGGGCGGUGAGGACGGAGAGGGAAUCUUCAUCUCCUUCAUCCUCGCUGGAGGACCAGCAGACCUCUGUGGAGAGCUGAGGAAAGGAGACCGACUGGUCUCUGUGAACGGAGUGGACCUCCGUAACGCCACCCACGAGCAAGCUGCUGCUGCCCUGAAGAACGCCGGGCAGACGGUGACCAUCAUCGCCCACUACAGACCAGAGGAGUACAGCCGGUUUGAGGCGAAGAUCCACGACCUGAGAGAGCAGAUGAUGAACAGCAGCAUCAGUUCUGGUUCUGGAUCAUUGCGGACGAGUCAGAAGAGGUCGCUGUACGUCAGAGCUCUGUUUGACUACGAUAAGACCAGGGACUCGGGUCUGCCCAGUCAGGGACUCAACUUUAAGUUCGGCGACAUCCUUCAUGUGGUGAACGCCUCCGACGACGAGUGGUGGCAGGCCAGACAGCUGACGUCACAGGGGGAGGUGGAGGAGGUGGGCGUGAUCCCCAGCAAGAGACGGGUUGAGAAGAAGGAGAGAGCGAGAUUAAAGACGGUGAAGUUUAACGCCAAGUCUCGAGACCGAGGGUCUCUCAAUGACAAGCGUAAAAAGAACCUCUUUUCCCGAAAGUUUCCGUUCUACAAGAGCAAAGAGGCGAGCGAGCAGGAGACCAGCGACGUCGACCAACAUGUGACCUCUAACGCCAGCGAUAGUGAAAGUAGCUACCGUGGACCUGAGGAAUACGUUCUGUCCUACGAGCCCGUCGUCCAGCAGGAAGUGAACUACACCCGACCCGUCAUCAUCCUCGGACCCAUGAAGGAUCGGAUCAACGACGACCUGAUCUCAGAGUUCCCCGACAAGUUUGGCUCCUGCGUCCCUCAUACGACCCGGCCGAAGCGGGACUACGAGGUGGACGGCAGAGAUUACCACUUCGUGGUGUCCAGGGAGCAGAUGGAGAAGGACAUCCAGGACCACAGGUUCAUCGAGGCGGGGCAGUACAACAACCACCUGUACGGAACCAGCGUCCAGUCGGUCCGAGAGGUGGCUGAGAAGGGGAAACACUGCAUCCUGGACGUGUCGGGGAACGCCAUCAAGAGACUGCAGCUGGCUCUGCUGCACCCCAUCGCCAUCUUCAUCAAGCCCAAAUCUGUGGAGAACAUCAUGGAGAUGAACAAGCGCCUGACGGAGGAGCAGGGCAGGAAAACCUUCGACAGAGCCACCAAACUGGAGCAGGAGUUCACCGAGCAUUUCACAGCCAUCGUUCAGGGCGACACUCUGGAGGAGAUCUACGAUCAGGUGAAGCAGAUCAUCGAGGAGCAGUCGGGUCCGUUCAUCUGGGUCCAGUCCAAGGAGAAGUUAUGAGGACCAGAACCGUCUGCUCCAUCGCUCCUCUCUUUAGAUCCUGUUUGUUUUAUUUUGAAAAGAAAAGUCGAACUGCAGACGGCAGCCCCCACAUCGCUCCUCCCCACCUCCUCCUCUUCCUCCUCCUCCUCCUCCUCCUCACACCUCCUCCUCCUCACACCUCCUCCUCCUCCUCCUCCUCACACUUCCUCCUCCUCCUCCUCCUCCUCCUCCUCCUCCUCCUCCUCCUCCUCCCACCUCCUCCUCCUCCUCCUCCUCCUCCUCCACCCUCCUCCCUCCUCCUCCUCCUCCUCACACCUCCUCCCCCGAUCAACGAGUCGACGCCGGCUGACCAGAGUGAAGUUUGAUUUGACAUUUCUGGCUGAAUAAGACUUUUCCAUUGUUGGGUUUCCUGACCAGCAGCGUGAAGCACACAGGAAGUGACAUCACACUCAACACGGUACAGCUCCUUAAUGUUUAAGGGAGGAGAACUAAAGAGGAGAAGAAGACGACGUGUCCAUGAAGUGGCGAGAAGAAACGUACAAAGCAGAUUUUAUCUUUUUGUUUGUGGGUUUUUUCCCUUUAUUUUGUCUUGUAAGGAAAAACGUUGACGGACGGCGUUUCAGUCUCAGGCAGCGUCUGUCAGUCGGAGGAAGGCGGAGACACAAAAAGCAAAACUUUGCACGUUUGAGCUUUAACAGCAUGUCAUUUAAAACCCUGUUUAUUUCCCAUCAGCCCCUUCACCUCAGCGUCUGAUGUCACAGCUUCUCUUCUGUUCUGCGAUCAUUACACUUUGUUUUUUUUUUUUUUACACUCGAGUCGAUUCAGUGUUUCUGUUUUCUUGCCGGUCGCUCUGCAGAUGUUCGCUGCGUGUUUUUAACCGUUUUUAAAGAUUAAAUUUAAUGUUGGGAUUAAUUCACUUUCUAAAACUCUAAUUUUCUUCUUCGAACAGACGAAGAAUCACCGUCUGUUGUCGCUUAAUGAGUUCUGAUUUUAUCGCUGAACAUUUUCGCAGUUUAGACGUUUAGCUCGACCCGACGAGGUCAAAGGUCGCAGUGUAGAUUAUUCUGCCGACACUGCAAAAAAACAUCUCAAGUAAUUUCUGUCAAAACGUUUUAAAACACAAUUUUCUUCUGAUUCUUUGAAAAGAGAAUAUCGGUCUGUUUGUGUCCUGAAGAACAAAAUCACAUCACAUUAAAACUGUUUUCACCAAAGAAGAAGAAACAUUCUGAUCACCAGGAAAAUUCAAAAUGACUCAAAGAUGAUCAAUAAAUAAAUAAGUGUCUCAGUAAACACGUCGUUAAUGCACUGAAGUACUCGAGGGCGUUAAUUACCUCUGAAACUGUGACAUUCAUUUAUAUUUCUGUUUAAUUUUGCUUCAUUAUCUCCUGAUUUAAUUUGAUUUGAUUUAUUGAUUCAUUAAUUUAGUACCAUGUUCAUGUCUGAACUCUUGUUCUUCUGCAUUCAGCAAAAAUAACACAAACAUUUAAUAAACAGUUAAUUAACAGUUAAUAAAUGUAAUAAUAAAAACAAAUGAAAGUAAAUUAUAUUUGUUAAAAAUUAAAACAGAAACAAAAACAGAAAUUGAUUAUGUCACUUUUUAUUAUUAAUUAACGUCUACUUUCAUUUUUUAAAUCACUUCUGGUGUUUUAAAUGCCGUGUAAUUUAUUUAUAGAGACAUUUAUUUAUUUACGUAUUUAUUCAGUUUGAUUUUGUCCGUUUCCCUCAUCCAUAAAUAUUAUUAAUCAAUAUAAAUAUAACAAACUCAGACUUCUCUUGUAUGAUGGAAAAUAUUCUUGUAAUUAAAUAAAUUCUAAGAAACUGAGAAACUUUUUCUAAUUACAGGAAAUAACGUGUGUAAUAAUUUACAAGAAACAUGAACAAUAAAACGAUCUGAUAGAGAGAAACAACGAUCAAUAAUUCUGUUUGUUCUUUGGUGAAAUCAUCAGUUUUAUGAAGAAGAAGAAGAAAAACGACCGACUGAUUUUAUUUGAAUCAUCUUCACACAUUUCAGGCUGAGCGACUGAUUCUAUCAUCGUGUGUUUGUCGAGCGGCGCCCUCUACGGGUCAGAACCCCGUCAGUCAGUGUCUUACAUGAAGCGAUGGAGACGAGCUGCCGCCUCCAGGUGUGGACAGGUGUGGACAGGUGUGUCCCAACACGCAGACGAUUAUUGUACAUGAGAUGUUGACAGAUAUUUAACCGGGGUAAACUGCCUAUUUUGUUAUAAUAAAGUCUAUAUUGAACUUUACUUCAGCACUACUACUACGGGAGUUAUUUUCUCUGCAUUGUUAAUCAUAUAUGAAUAGAAAAGUAUAAAGAUAUUUGAAUAUGAAUAUAUAUUUUUUCUUUUUCUUUGAUCACCACCUCCUCUGUCUUUUAAUUUUCUUUUUUAAGCAUAAUAAAAACUUAACAAGAAAACAGGAA